AUGGAGCUGCAGGACAUGACCUAUAGCAAAGAUGAAUAUAUUGAAACAGCAUCUGGGAACAAAGUGAGUCGUCAGUCAGUACUGUGUGGCAGUCAGAAUAUUGUACUCAAUGGCAAAACUAUCAUUAUGUCUGAUUGUAUCAUACGUGGUGACCUCGCAAAUGUCAGAAUUGGUAGAAACUGUGUUAUAAGUAAAAGAUCAGUAAUCAGACCACCAUUCAAAAAGUUCAGUAAAGGUGUGGCUUUCUUUCCAUUACAUAUUGGUGAUAACGUAUUAAUUGAAGAAGACUGUGUUAUCAAUGCAGCGCAAGUUGGAUCGUAUGUCCAUAUUGGUAAAAAUUGUGUUAUUGGACGUCGUUCAAUUCUUAAAGAUUGUUGUGCUAUUGCUGAUAAUACUGUGUUACCUCCAGAAACUGUUGUACCACCAUUCACUUUAUAUGGUGGUUCUCCUGGUACAUUCACCAGUAUGUUACCAGAAUGUAUGCAAGAUAUUAUGACUGAUAUCACCAAGAGUUACUACCAACAUUUUGUACCUGUUAAGCCAAAUUAA